GUUGAUGUGCACACGAAUGAUUUGUGUUUCCUCUGCAGGUGAAGGUAGAAAGUGUGUGUGAGCUGAUGUGGAUGUGAAUUCAGCAGCAUGGAUCAGUGUGAGGACAGACAGGAGGGAGUCCCUCCCUCUAAAACCACGCUGUGUGGGGAACAUGAGAGCCAGACCAAAGCUCAGAGGAACCAACCUGGACCUGAACCCAGCUGUGUGUCCUUAAAGAGUGACUGGUCAAAGAGUAUUGGUGCUGAUUUUAAAGGACAAUGCUCUGCUGUGGAAAGGGUGAACAAGGAGAGCUCAGAGGUUUUCACUGAUCAGUCUGGCCAGCAGCAUCACCACAUAAAACUUAACUCAAUAUUUAUGCUACUGGAGGAAAACAUUAUCACUUUUGUGAAGAAUGAGCUGAAGACGAUCCAAAGAGUUCUGGUUCCAGACUACAUGGAACCAUUUGAGCAUCAGAAGAAGGAUGAGAACGUGUUUGGGGUGAAUGAACAGCAGAGAAGCAGAGAACCCUUCCUAAAGAUCGCACUACACUUCCUGAGGACAAUGAAGCAGGAAGAGCUGGCUGACCAACUGCAGAGCAAAAUGUCUGCUCCAAUUUGUACACAUGAUCUUAAAACGUUGCUGAAGAAGAAGUUCCAGUGUGUAUUUGAGGGGAUCGCUAAAGCAGGAAACCCAACCCGUCUAAAUCAGAUCUACACAGAGCUCUACAUCACAGAGGGAGGGACCGCAGAGGUCAAUGAUGAACAUGAGGUUAGACAGAUUGAAACAGCAUCCAGGAAACCAGACAGACCAGAAAGAACAAUCAAACAUGGAGAAUUCUUUAAUGCCUCAAGUGGAAGAGAUCAAACAAACAGAAUAGUGCUGACAAAGGGAGUGGCUGGCAUUGGGAAAACAAUUUUAACUCAGAAAAUCAUUCUGGACUGGACUGAAGACAAAGCGAACCAGGACAUCCAGUUUAUAUUUCCAUUCACUUUCAGAGAGCUGAAUGUGUUGAAAGAUAAAAAAUUCAGCUUGGUGGAACUUGUUCAUCACUUUAUAACCACAACUAAAGACUCGGGAAUCUGCAGAUUUGAAGACUUCCAGGUUAUGUUCAUUCUUGAUGGUCUGGAUGAGUGUCGACUUCCUCUGGAUUUCAACAACAAUAUGAUUCUGACUGAUGUUGCAGUGUCCACAUCAGUGGAUGUCCUGCUCACAAAUCUCAUCAGAGGGAACCUGCUUCCCUCUGCUCAUCUCUGGAUAACAACACGACCUGCAGCAGCCAAUCAGAUCCCUCCUCAGUGUGUUGACAUGGUGACAGAGAUCAGAGGGUUCACUGACCCACAGAAGGAGGAGUACUUCAGGAAGAGAUUCAGAGAUGAGAAGCAGGGAAGCAGGAUCAUCUCUCACAUCAAGACAUCAAGAAGCCUCCACAUCAUGUGCCACAUCCCAGUCUUCUGCUGGAUCACUGCUACAGUUCUGGAGGAAAUGUUGAGAACCACAGAGGUGAGAAAGCUGCCCAACACCCUGACUGAGAUGUACAUCCACUUCCUGGUGGUUCAGGCCAAAGUGAAGAAGGUCAAGUAUGAUGAAGGAGCUGAGACAGAUCCACACUGGAGUCCAGAGAGCAGGAAGAUGGUUGAGUCUCUGGGAAAACUGGCUUUUCAUCAGCUGCAGAAAGGAAACCUGAUCUUCUAUGAAUCAGACCUGACAGAGUGUGGCAUCAAUAUCAGAGCAGCAUCAGUGUACUCAGGAGUGUUCACACAGAUUUUUAAAGAGGAGAGAGGACUGUACCAGGACAAGGUGUUCUGCUUUGUCCAUCUGAGUGUUCAGGAGUUUCUGGCUGCUCUUCAUGUCAGUCUGACCUUCAUCAACUCUGAUGUCAAUUUGCUGGAAGAAGCACAAACAAUCUCCAGUAGGUCUGAUAAAACACAUUUCUACCAGAGUGCUGUGGAUAAGGCCUUAGAGAGUCCAAAUGGACACCUGGACUUGUUCCUCCGAUUCCUUGUGGGUCUUUCAAUGCCGACCAAUCAGACCCUCCUACGAGGCCUGCUGACAACGACCGAAAGAAGUUCACAGACCAAUCAGACUCUACUAGCAUCCCUGCUUACACGGCUGAGAAGUAGUUCACAGUUCAACCAGAAAACAUAUAUCAAGAAAAAACUCAAUGAGAAUCUAUCUACAGAGAAAAGCAUCAACCUGUUCCACUGUCUUAAUGAACUGAAUGAUUGUUCUCUGGUGGAGGAAAUCAAACAGUCCCUGAGUUCAGGAAGUAUCUCCACUGAUAAACUGUCUCCUGCUCAGUGGUCAGCUCUGGUUUUCAUCUUACUGUCAUCCAAAAAAGAUAUGGAUGUGUUUGACCUGAAGAAAUACUCUGAUUCAGAGGAGGCUCUUCUGCAGCUGCUGCCAGUGGUCAAAGCCUGCAAAAACGCUCUGCUCAGUAGCUGCAAUCUGUCACAUAGAAGCUGUGAAGCUCUAUCCUCUUCUCUAAAAUUAGAAGACUGUGAACUGAGAUCUCUAGACAUGGGUAACAAUAAACUGCAGGAUUCAGGAUUGAAGCUGCUGUUGGCUGGAUUGGAAAUUCCAUACUGUAAACUGGAAACACUCAGAUUGAGCAACUGUAACCUCUCAAAGAGAAGCUGUGAAAUUCUGUCCUCAGUUCUCAGCGCUUCAUACUCUAUUCUGAGAGAGCUGGACCUGAGUGACAAUGACCUUAAGGACUCUGGAAUGACCAUAUUGUCUUCUGGACUGGAUAAUCCACACUGUAAACUGGAAACACUCAGGCUGACAGGAUGCCUGAUCACAAAAUAUGGUUGUACCUCUCUGGUAUCAGCUGUGAAGGCCAACCACUCCCAUCUGAGAGAGCUUGACUUGACUUACAAUCAUCCAGAAGAGGCAGGAGUAAAACUAUUAGAGCAGCUAAGACUGGAAAUUCUCAGGGUGGAGCCUGCUGGAGUCCGAUGGUUGAGACCGGGUCUGAGGAAGUAUUCUUGUCAACUCACAAUCGACGCAAACACAGUACACAGAGAACUUAAACUAUCUGAUAACAAUAAGAAGGUGACACAUGUGGAAGAGGAUCAGCCAUAUCCUGAUCAUCCUGACAGAUUUGAUCGCUGGCCUCAGCUGCUGUGUAGAGAUGGUCUGACUGGUCACUGUUACUGGGAGGUUGAGUGGAGUGGAGAAGCUCAUAUAUCAGUGAGUUACAGAGGAAUCACAAGAAGAGGAAACAUUAACGACUGUUUGUUUGGGAGGAAUGAACAAUCCUGGAGUCUGAGCUGCUUUGAUGAUGGUCCUCGUUAUGUCUGGCACAAUAACAGAAAACUCACUUUCUUGUCAUCCAUCUCCUCCUCCUCUGUGUCUAACAGAGCAGCAGUGUAUGUGGAC